CUCACUUUUGCUUCUUUAAUGACAGUGACACUGACGUGUCAAAUAGUAAAUAAACAAAUAAUAAUAAGGAAAGUUAUUAUAAUUAAUUUAAUAAAAAAAGCUUCUUAGAGGGCACAAUGGAAAACCAGGACUCCCUAAUCGAACAAAUCGAAAACGAUGACUUCUUUAAGGAGUUCUUGAGCGACGACUCCUCGCGAGCCCUCUUAACCAAAUCGAUAGCGUUCACGGAACAGGUAAGGAAAUUAGGUGAGGGCAUUGACGCCCUGAACAAGGAACUGCAGAGGCAAGUGCUCGAGAACCAUCAGGAUUUAUUGAGACAAGCACAUCAUGCCACGAAACUCGAAGACGUCUUAAAUAUCAUGAACGGACACGUUCAGAACCUUAUGGCCAAUGCCGAACGAUUAAGAACCCAGAUUACCGUACCGUGCGAACAGCUAGAGAAUCACACUAAAGUGCUCUCUCGACUGCAUAAGGCCAGUCACAUAUUGAGGCAGGUUGCUCGAGUGCAACAGCUGAGUAAAAAGUUGGGGAGCACCAACGAUCCCGUUCAAAAAGCUUUGCUUUUACAAGAGCUAGAGCAACUGGCCGCCGACCCCGAACUAACCGACAUUGACGCAAUAACCACUGAACUAAGAAACGUAAGGGUGCAACGGCAAAAGGUGGUCCAACUGGCCAUCGGGGCCUUGCACCAAGGAAUCGAGCAUGAAAACGUUGUGCAAACUUCAAUGGCUUUACAAAUUUUCAUUAAUUUAGGCACAAUCGAACCCACUCUAGAAACCCUGAUAAAAGAGAACUUGAACGAAUGCGGGGAUAUUUUAAAAAUGGCUUUGGAUAGUGCCACGAACCCGGUGGUGCUAGUGAAGUCCGGCAGGGGGCAACUGCCCUCCUCCCAAGGCUUCCGGCAAAAAGUCUGGACCGAACUCGAGAAGGGGUUCUCCGAGGGGAUUUACAAAAUUUGCAAACAGAUCAAGUUCUUGCAAUCGGCACUGGACGAACUGCACAUGCCCCAUAAGGUCUUGGCCGAGCAGUUUUGGGAUCAACUGGGGCAAAUAGUAAAAGGGGAAACCGGCCGAGCAGCAGCAUCUGCGGCGGUGCAGCAACUGUUGCACGAGGACUACCCCAAACUGUUGAAGUUUUACUGUGACAUGAUGGGGAAGUUGAGUUACGAGCAGUUCAAGUUUGAUCGGGAUGUACUGAAACCAUUGGAAAACUCGUAUUUGUCAAGUUCCUUGACGAAAAUCUUGGAACCGGUGCAGUCGAUGUUCAAUAUGGACGGGACCGUGCCCAGUCAGGACCAAAUCGACGCUCUCAUUCGGGUCCUCACAAGCGAACUGAGUGUGGCCUUGGUAGAGGAACAACUCAGCGUGCGAGUGGCGAAAAACGUCUCGAAAUGCAUCAAAAUGUUCGCGGUAAAAACUGAACAGCAGAUCGAAAACGGUCCUGAGGCUGCACAAGUGAUUGGAGGCUCGGCCAACGGUGGCCAACAAAAGAACCUGCAGUACGCCAACUCCUUACACUAUUUCUCCUCACAAACGCAACGGAUGCUCAACAACAUGAGAGACAGCUUAAGUGAGGAGGGUUUGAGCGUGAUCAACGAGAGUUUGAGGACCCUGGACGCUCUCACCGGGGCGAUCCUUCAACCCCUCGUCACCUCAAUAAAUUCGGUGAUAGAAACGAUCAUGGUGACGAUGCACUUGGAACCAGAUUGGGGCAGACCGUCCUCGACCCUUUGCAGCCCCUACAUGAGGGAAUUGGUGCAGUUCAUCCAUAGGGUGUACCGCACUUACCUCUCGGGGUUUACCAAUAGAGACGUACUGUCCGAGAAAUGCAGCGAAAUCGCUUUGAGAUGCAUCGAGUUAUUCGUGCGACACUCUUCGAUUUUACGGCCGUUAUCGCGGAGCGGCAGGCAAAGGUUACAGUCCGACUGUCGCCAUCUGGAGGAGGCUUUGAAACUGAUUUGCCCGCAGCUGCCCUCUCUCGGACGUCCGUAUCGUCUGUUAAAGUCCGUGGCCACCCUGAUAACCCAAAGUGCGGAGGAAAUCGUCGCCGGACAGGCGAGGGGUGGGGGCGGCUCGGUACCGCACAGUACCAUUUUGUUUAUGUUGUUCUCUUAUGCCGGGGCCGAGUUGGCCAGUCCGCAUCAGAAUACUGGAUGGUCUCUACCGAAACUAUCCGCAUGGCUGGACGAACAUCCCAACGAAUCGGACCGAUUAGACCUGAUCGCGGGCGCGAUUCAACGAUACGAAUCUUUGAUCCGAGCUAAAAACUCCCCGAAUUACGAUCCGGUUUAUCCGAUAAUGUCGAAAUUCCUGGAAAACGCUUUAAAAGAAACCGCUUUGUAAUAUUAAACGUUAAAAAAAUAUUUACGCACACU